CGUAUUCCCAUACCCAUAUCUCCAGAACCUUCCCAAACCCCUCUCAGAAACCCCUACUAAAACCCUAAUACCCUCUCUCUGUCUCUCUCGCACACACAUUUUCUCAGAGCUCCCACUCUCUCUGGUUGUUCCAGAACCUUCUUUCUUUUCUCUUGUUCUUUCAGCAUGCAUAGGCUUUCCCGGCGCUCUGUCUCCGCUGUCCUGCGCGCCGGCCGUGGUGGCGAACGUUACCGGAACGCCGUCGCUCCAAUCUCCUCCUCCUCCACUCCGCUCUUCGACUCCGUGGGACAGAGUGAAUCCAGAAGGCGGUGGCACUCAGUGUUAACUGCUGGUAGCAGUGAUACUAUCAAAUCUUUAAACUUGAAAGACGCCCUUUUCUUGGGCAAGCGAUAUGAGUCCACUGCUGCGGCAUCUGAUGCAUCAGCUACCCCACCAGCUGAGAAAUACGAGUAUCAAGCAGAGGUCAGUCGUCUUAUGGACCUCAUAGUUAACAGCUUGUACAGCAACAAAGAGGUGUUUCUUCGGGAGCUUAUCAGCAAUGCAAGUGAUGCCCUGGACAAGCUGAGGUUUCUCAGUGUUACAGAGCCAGGGCUUUUGAAGGAGGCAGUUGAUCUUGAUAUUCGUAUCCAAACUGAUAAGGACAAUGGGGUUGUGACUAUCAUGGAUACUGGUAUUGGUAUGACUCAGCAAGAACUUGUUGACUGCCUUGGAACUAUUGCUCAAAGUGGAACUGCAAAGUUCUUGAAGGGAUUGAAGGAUAACAAGGAUGCUGGCGGAGACAACAAUUUAAUUGGUCAAUUUGGUGUGGGAUUUUAUUCAGCAUUCCUGGUAGCUGACAGGGUUGUUGUCUCAACAAAGAGCCCAAAAUCUGAUAAACAAUAUGUGUGGGAAGGAGAAGUCAAUUCAAGCUCCUAUACUAUUCGGGAGGAGACAGACCCUGAGAAGCUUAUUCCUAGAGGAACCCACCUUACCUUGUAUCUCAAGCGUGAUGACAAAGGUUUCGCCCAUCCAGAACGGAUUCAGAAGCUUGUGAAAAAUUAUUCACAAUUUGUUUCAUUCCCAAUAUACACUUGGCAGGAAAAGGGAUUCACCAAAGAAGUUGAAGUUGAUGAGGAUCCAGCUGAGGCCAAAAAGGAUGAGCAAGAUGAGAAAACGGAGAAGAAGAAAAAAACCAAGACUGUUGUUGAGAAGUACUGGGACUGGGAGCUAACUAAUGAGACGCAGCCGAUCUGGCUUCGCAACCCAAAGGAAGUCACAACAGAGGAAUACAAUGAAUUCUACAAGAAAACUUUUAAUGACUACUUGGAUCCAUUAGCAUCUUCACACUUCACAACAGAGGGUGAGGUAGAGUUUAGGUCUAUACUGUAUGUGCCAGCUAUUGCUCCCACGGGAAAGGAUGAUAUAAUCAAUCCCAAGACCAAAAAUAUCAGGCUUUACGUGAAACGCGUGUUCAUUUCAGAUGACUUUGAUGGAGAACUGUUCCCGCGCUAUUUAAGCUUUGUCAAAGGUGUUGUGGACUCACAUGACCUUCCACUCAAUGUCUCACGUGAAAUUCUUCAAGAGAGUCGAAUUGUACGGAUUAUGAGGAAGCGUUUGGUAAGAAAGGCCUUUGACAUGAUUCUGGGCAUAUCCAUGAGCGAGAAUAGAGAUGAUUAUGACAGGUUCUGGGAGAACUUUGGCAAACACUUGAAAUUGGGUUGCAUCGACGACCGUGAAAACCACAAGCGACUUGCUCCAUUGCUUAGAUUUGUCUCUUCCCAAAGUGAGAAUGAGUUGAUCAGCUUGGACGAAUAUGUUGAAAACAUGAAAACUGAGCAGAAGGAUAUCUAUUACAUUGCUGCGGACAGUGUGACAAGUGCUAAAAACACGCCCUUCCUGGAGAGACUUAUUGAAAAGGAUCUUGAAGUGUUGUUCUUAGUGGACCCUAUUGAUGAGAUUGCCAUCCAGAACUUGAAGUCAUACAAGGAGAAGAAUUUUGUGGAUAUUAGCAAGGAAGAUUUGGAUUUAGGUGAUAAGAACGAGGAAAGAGAAAAGGAGAUGAAGCAGGAGUUUGGACAAACUUGUGAUUGGAUUAAGAAACGUUUGGGUGAUAAAGUUGCCAGCGUACAAAUUUCAAACCGUCUGAGCUCAUCUCCCUGUAUUUUGGUAUCUGGGAAGUUUGGUUGGUCUGCCAACAUGGAGAGGCUAAUGAAGGCACAAUCUGUUGGAGAUGCCUCUAGCUUGGAGUUCAUGAGAGGCAGAAGGGUGUUAGAGAUCAAUCCUGAACACCCAAUCAUCAGAAACUUGAAUGCUGCAUAUGGGAGUAACCCAAAUGAUGAUGAUGCUCUGAGAGCCAUUGAUCUUUUGUAUGACACAGCUUUGGUUUCCAGUGGUUAUACUCCUGAAAAUCCAGCACAACUCGGUGGAAAGAUAUAUGAGAUGAUGGGUGUGGCUCUUUCUGGGAAAUGGUCAACGCCUGUUGAAGCUUAUAAUAAUCCAGGAGCCAGUUCCAACAACACAGAAAUAAUUGAAGCCGAGGUGGCAGAAACAAUCCAAGCUGAGGUGGUCGAACCUGUUGAAGCUGGUAGUAAAAAAUGAGGACAUCCUAUACAACAUAUUCUUAGCUCCACCUCACAUAGAGGCCGUAGUUUAUAAUGAAAGUAUAAUUUUGGUGUAAGAUUGAAUUGAUUGAAUGUAGUGAACAGUUUUAACCGGCUUAUCAAUAUGAAGUCUUCACUUUAUUUA